AAAAUUAACUCCCCCUUUGCUCUCCUUCCUCCCCCUUCAAAAAGCUCUGUACGCUUUGCCCGUUGUCUCAUUUGUCUGCGGUUCCAUUAAAUCCAUUAAUGAAUGCUUUAUAGAGAGAGAAAAGGCAUCCGCCAUAGCUUCCAUCGCAAGCUCCUAUCCUUCUUCUUCAGCUUCUAGUCUUCUCUUCAUCGAUUCCGUCUGGAAGUAAUUGACUACACAUCUAUUGUGUGAAUGCGCGUGAUCGGCGAGAGGAUGACGGUGCGUUUUCUUCCAUCUUAGAUCCUCCGUUCCUUGCUCCGGAGUCCAGAGCAUGUCCGCUAGGUUUAUCAGCUCGUUGAGUGGAUGAUUCGAUUUCCUCAUAAUUCGGCUUGUUGAAGAGUUCAAGCUAGCUGAAAUGACGACAAGACAACUUGCAAAAUCCCAAAAAUCGAGCUCUAGAGUGGCGAGUUCCCCGGCGUCGGCAACUAGCUCAUCGUCAAAACAGUUCCGGGAAAUUUUUAUCGAGAGCGCCUGUUCACCUGCGUCUUCAUCCGCCCGGAGUAAGCCUCAGUACUAUUCCUCUGAGAGUUCUCCUCCCACUCGGGAGAUCUCCAAGGAAAAUGUUACUGUGACCGUGCGGUUCAGGCCUCUAAGUCCCAGAGAGAUUAGACAAGGGGAGGAAAUUGCAUGGUAUGCUGAUGGCGAUACGGUUGUGAGGAAUGAGCAUAAUCAGUCAAUAGCAUAUGCCUAUGAUCGAGUAUUUGGGCCUACAACGACAACGCGCCAUGUUUAUGAUGUUGCUGCACAGCAAGUUGUUAGUGGUUCCAUGGAAGGGAUCAAUGGCACAAUCUUCGCAUAUGGGGUUACAAGCAGCGGGAAAACUCACACCAUGCAUGGAGAUCAGAGAUCCCCUGGUAUUAUUCCAUUGGCUGUGAAGGAUGCCUUCAGUAUUAUUCAAGAGACUCCUAGCCGUGAAUAUCUGCUCCGCGUGUCAUAUCUGGAGAUCUACAACGAGGUUGUUAAUGACUUGCUGAAUCCUGCCGGACAAAAUCUAAGAAUAAGAGAAGAUGCUCAGGGAACCUUUGUGGAAGGAAUAAAAGAAGAAGUUGUUCUUUCCCCGGCUCAUGCCUUAUCCCUCAUUGCAGCAGGGGAAGAGCAUAGGCAUGUUGGUUCUACAAACUUCAAUCUGCUGAGCAGCAGAAGUCAUACAAUAUUUACGCUGACAAUAGAGAGUAGCCCUUGUGAAAAUAGUGAAGGUGAAGCUGUUAGCUUGUCACAGCUGCAUCUCAUUGACUUGGCGGGUUCAGAAAGCUCUAGAGCCGAAACCACUGGUGUCCGCCGAAAGGAAGGAUCUUACAUCAACAAAAGUCUGCUAACCCUUGGAACUGUUAUAUCAAAAUUAACAGAUGAAAAGGCUACUCAUAUACCAUACAGGGAUUCAAAAUUGACCAGGCUUCUUCAAUCCUCACUAAGUGGUCAUGGGCGUGUAUCUCUUAUCUGCACCGUUACUCCCUCCUCUAGCAACUCAGAAGAAACACAUAACACAUUAAAGUUCGCACACCGUGCAAAACACAUCGAAAUUCAAACAGCUCAAAACAAGAUAAUUGAUGAGAAAUCACUUAUAAAGAAAUACCAAACUGAAAUUCUUCGACUGAAAGAGGAGUUAGAACAACUAAAGAAGGGCAUUGUUACAAUUCCACAAGUGAAAGAUAAUGGGGAAGAUAUCGUGCUUCUAAAACAAAAGCUAGAAGACGGUCAGGUUAGACUGCAGUCAAGACUGGAACAGGAAGAAGAAGCCAAAGCUGCUUUACUUGGCAGAAUCCAGCGUUUGACAAAGCUAAUUCUAGUUUCAUCUAAAGCUUCACAGUCAUCAAGAUUUCCUCAGCGCCCAGGUCAUAGAAGAAGGCAUUCUUUUGGAGAAGAAGAGCUUGCAUACCUACCACAUCGAAGACGCGAUCUUAUCUUGGAUGAUGAAGACCUUGAUACAUAUGGUUUCCCUGAUAGCAAUGUUGAAACUGCGGAUGAUCCAAUAAAGGAAGAGAAAAAGACAAGGAAAAAUGGAUUGCUUAACUGGUUAAGGAUCCGGCAGAAACGGGAAGGUGGCAGUGGGACAUUUGCAAGCACUAGUGACAAAUCUAGUGGUCUCAAGUCAACCAGUAGUCCUUCCACCCCACAAGGAGAGUGUGUCAAUGUUCACAUUGAAUUACUGCAUUCGCAUUCAUUGCUUACAGAAAGCAAUGUUUCUGCAGAUCAGUUAUCAGUGUCCAAACCAGAGAGAGACCUUCCGGUGGAUAACUUUUUGGGACCAGAAACUCCCCUGAUUAAAAUAAAAACACUUGAUCAACUUGAACUCCUGAGGGAACGGCAAAAGAUCUUGUUCGAUGAAGUGGCUCUCCAUACAAGUGCUUUAAAAAGGUUAUCUGACGAGGCAUCUCGGAAUCCAGAGAAAGAACACAUUCAAGCGGAGGUAAAAAAAUUGAAAGAUGACAUUGGAAGGAAGAAUGGGGAAAUAGCUUCAUUGGAAAAGCAAAUCUCCGAUUCUUUCAUGGAUUCUCAUGAAAAAGUCACGCGCUUGGAAGAUUCACAAUCUGUUGCAGAACUCAUGGAACAAUUGAAUCAGAAGUCUCUUGAACUUGAGGUCAAAACUGCAGACAAUCGAAUAAUUCAAGAGCAGUUGCAUCAAAAGAUUGUUGAAUGCGAGCAACUGCAAGAAACAAUUGCAAGUUUGAAACAACAGGUUUCAGAUGCCGCCGCAGAUCAGAGUAGUUCUGGCGACUCACAACAGUUGUCAGCGACAAAGCGCAUGUUAGGACAACUUCGAAAUGAGAAGGAAACCCCUGCUUCCAAGAACACAAAGGAAGCCUUACUUCUCCAAUCCCAGAUUGAAGAACUCCAAGGAAAAGUAUCCGAGCUAGCCGAAUCAAAAGUGCAACUGGAGCUUCAGAACCAAAAACUGGCGGAGGAGAGUUUGUACGCCAAAGGAUUAGCCUCCGCUGCUGCCGUCGAGCUGAAGGCGCUCUCCGAGGAAGUGUCGAAGCUAAUGAACCAAAACGAAAGACUCUCUGCCGAGCUUCUCGCAGCCCAAAAGGGUCCGUCCCUCACGCAGCGGCGGAACGGAAGGAGAGAGACUGUCCACGUCAGCAGGCGGAGCGGCCAGAGUGGGGCCCCGAGAGAGCUGAGUUUGAGCCGGGAAAGAGAGGCUUCGUAUGAAGCCGCCCUUGCCGAAAAGGAACACAGAGAAGCCGAGCUACUGAGGAUGGUGGAGGAGUCCAAGGAAAGAGAGGCUUAUCUUGAGAAUGAACUGGCGAACAUGUGGGUUAAAGUGGCAAGGCUCAAGAGUUCUCAACAAGAAGAAGAAGAAGAGGAGGAAGAAAGGAGAGAUGGGUUCUAGCAAGAUUCUAAUUGGAAGAAACUGCUGAGUUGGGGCUUUGCGUGGUUGUGUAUUUAUUUGCCUGGGUAAAGUAUUUUAUGGUUUUGCUUGUCGAUAUUUCUAUUAGUUUUUUUUUUAUUUAUAGAUGUAGGGAAUAUUGGAAAAACUCUUGCAAAUAUUUCUAGAAAUUUGAGAUUUUACAAUUAUCCAUUAAGGGAAAAAUAGGAAAAAUAUAUGUUUUAGAGGUCAUUAACAGAAUAGUAAUUUAUGAGGGAAGAGAGUAAUGUUUUAUGGCAUUCCAUUGAUCCAAAACUUUUCUCAAUAAAUCAAUACUUUGGUACUGG